AUGAAUUCAAAUACACGAUUUGAACAAUUCACAACCGAAGCCCUUCGUGAGCACAAAAACCGUCUAGGACGAGAGCAAUAUGCAAGGCGUAUGAUACAUGCUGAUGAGAAACCUGUCGCUGAAGGUUCAGAAAGUCUUCGUGAAUGUAGAAACCGUCUGGCAAGAGAAGCCCAUGUUCAUCGUCUUGCAAAAGAAAACAUUGAUGAAUCUGAACAAUGUCGAAAUAUCCAAAGACAAGCACUUGCAAAGAGAACCACUGAGCAAGUUGAGUUACGUAGAAAAAAACAAAAAGAAUAUAAAAAUCGUAUCUCUAAUGCAGCACGUAUUGAGAAUUAUAAUACAAAGACUGUAUCUUUACAUAAUAUUGGAAGUAUAAGUAUUGAAUGUCCGGAAUGCAAAGCAUUACAUUGGAUAGAUGAGAAAGUGACAGGAUCUCGACAUACUCCAAUUUUCAGCACCUGUUGUGCAAAAGGCAAGGUGAAACUACUUGCCAUUGCUUCACCACCUGAAUUAUUAGAAAUGCUUCUCACAGAAGAAA